AUGUUUAAAAAUUCUAACCCGUUCGAUGAGGAUGUUACUGCUGCAACUAGUGAAAACCUCACCAAAGAAAAUUGGGACCUUAUAACAAAAUUAUGCGAAAAGACUGAAAAAAGUGGGGAGCAAGGUGCUCGCGAUUGUGUAGCUGCUAUUCAAAAACGGCUACAACACAGGAAUCCUAACGUUCAAGGCUUUGCCUUGACGCUCUCGAAUUCUCUUGUCAAAAUGUGUGGUACAGCUGUUCAUAAAGAAAUAUCUUCUCGUAUGUUUACACAAACCUUGACUCGUAUAUUGCAAGAUAAGAGUACGCACGAAACCGUAAAAAAUCGAGUGCUUGAUUUGAUUCAAGAAUGGAGCAAUGAAUUUCGUUCCAAUGAUACUAUGGGUCUUAUGGAAGAAACUAUGAAUAAUUUACGAACACAAGGUUUUCAUUUCCCUUCCCCAGAAAAACCCAAAAAAGAAUUAAGCGAAUAUGAACUUGAGAAACAGAAAAAGGAAGAGGAAGAACAGCUUCAAUUGGCUAUGGCACUUUCUCUUUCCUCUGCAGAAAAAAGUGGACAACGAAAGGUUUCUUCCACAACACCCGUAACUUCAACCACAUCGCAACCUCCAUCGCAGCCUCCAUCACAGCCUGUAUCACAUAGUCAGCAUUUAUCUCCUAGCGUCUCUAAGGUUAAAGCAUUAUAUGAUUUUGAUCCUACAGAAUCUGGAGAACUUGGUUUCUCCCGUGGUGACGUUAUCACUGUAUUAGAUAGUGUGUAUAAAGAUUGGUGGCGUGGUGAGUUACGUGGUAAGACAGGUAUAUUUCCUGUCAAUUAUGUAGAAAAGCUACCGGAACCAACUGCCGCAGAUAUUGCAAAAGAAGCGGAAAUUGAAGCUGCUAUUUUUGCUGAAGGUCGAAACAUUGAUCAAUUGUUAGAGUUGUUGGCAGGGCUUGAUGUUACCAGAGACAGCGUCACAGAUAAUGAUCACAUUCAGAAUUUGUAUAACAACACUUUACCGGUUCGUCCAAAAUUGAUGAAACUGAUCGAGAAAUAUAGCCAAAAGAAAGGUAUAUUUUUAUUAGCCACUACAACUUACGAUAGACUUAUGGCCGAAUCUUUAAAAAAAUACGAGGCAUAUAUAAAUCCAACCCCACAACCUCAAUUUAAUUAUCCACCCGCAACUACUGGUUAUAAUGUUCCGCCUGCGCAAAAUUUUCAACAAAAUUCUGGUGGAUAUGCUGACUCGGCAGCAGCGCAUGAUGUUGUAGCAAAACUUAACGCUUAUCAACAAGCAAAUCAGCAACAAUAUCCUUCCACCCAACCUCAACAAGAUAACGUAAAUCAACAACAACCUAAUAAUUAUCAAACACAGUAUCCAUCUCAAGAUUUUGCGGUUUCAGAAAAUCAACCGAUUUCAAAUUACGUCACCCCAGAUAAUAAAUUAAACUCUGGCUCCACACCUAAUUAUUUACCUCAACAAUCUCAACAACAUCAAUCAUAUCCCACCCAAAACACUCAGGAACAACCCAAUCAAUCGAGUUAUCAUCAAACUUCCCAUCAAUAUUUACCACAAGCAGAUGGAUCUGCUGGUUAUCAAGCACAAUCUUCAGCUUCCCCCGCACCUGAAAUUGUAGCAACUACAGGAGGACAAUCAUCUGCUAAUUAUAAUACUUAUAAUUCUCCCCCUCCAAAUUCUAAUAGUAGUGUUAGUUCGUAUUCAUUUAAUGAUGCUUCAUAUACUCCUACUACAGUUCAGCAAACACCAUCGGCUCCCCCAUCAACGCAAAAGCAACAAGCAUUUUCAUUAGCACAGAUAUCACAACAUAUUCAGAAUUUGCCAGAACAACAGACACAAUCAGGUUAUCCACCAAAUACACAACAGCAACAACAAUAUCCUCAACAAAAUUCAUACUAUAAUGCAUCUCAAAGUGCAUCAGCUCCUUAUGGUACUCCUGUUGCCCAACCUGAAUUCGUUUAA